UUCAAAAAUACAAAACUCUAAAUGCAUCUUAAACCGACCGGUUCAACGGUGGUGUGUUGAAUGAAGAUGUGUUAUGUCGGUUCGAUGCCACGUAACCAAUAAAAAUGAUGACGGGGGUGGAUUAGCCAAUAAGUUUGUGUUGUGUGCUUUAGCUUUAGCUCUCUCUGUUCAUAGAACCAAAGAUACAUGGCGACUCUAGGCCAUAUCGCGAGAGAAUCAUCCGACGUCACACGCCUCGCCCUGUUCUACAAAGAGGUAUUUGGGUUUGAGGAGAUAGAGAGCCCUGAUUUUGGAGACCUCAAGGUGAUAUGGCUAAACUUACCAGGUGCUUUUGCGAUGCACAUCAUCCAGAGAAACACUUCAACCAACCUCCCUGAAGGUCCUUACAGCGCCACCUCUGCCGUUCGAGAUCCUAGCCAUCUCCCUAUGGGCCACCACAUCUGCUUCUCCGUCUCCAACUUCGACUCCUUCCUUCGCUCUCUCAAGGAGAAAGGGAUAGAAACUUUCCAGAAGUCUCUUCCUGAUGGAAAAGUCAAGCAAGUUUUCUUCUUUGAUCCUGAUGGAAACGGAUUAGAGGAUAACUACACAAAGUGGUACCACCGGUCCAAUCUUCCCCAAGAUAUUUAUAGCUAGGAUGUGUGUUUCGGCUCAGCUUGUCAAGUCAUUCGAUUUAAACAUGAAAAAAAAAUUGACCCCAGUUAUCUGAUUGGUUGGACCAGUGUUAACUCGACUUGGCCUUAUCGACCGGACCACACAAGAGGGGUACUCGUACUUGAACUAACAUCUUUUGGAAUUUACAUCAUGAUGAGUGGACCUAUUUAGGUGGUGGGUGAAUUUUCCUCACCGUGAGUUUUUUUUUCCCUGUAAUUUACAUGGACGAUCAUUCUUCAUGUUUUGCAAAUUUCAGAACUCUAUAUCAUAUGUUUUUCACAA